AAUGGCCGCUGACAACCAUACAAGUCACCGUGUUGCCAUUGAAUAGCAUGGAAUUAAACCUUCUUCAGUGUAUAUGUUUUGUGGUUAUUCGCUUGGAUUUGAUUUUAUCUGUCAUUAGGGACUUUAUGCGGCGCGCUUUAUGUCAAGCGGUCAAGUUUUUGAAAUUUGAAAGUGGUUUUAUGAUAAAUUUGGGUUAGGUUGUUUCUAUUUUGGGACGUGUUGAUCUAUUUUUAUUAAUUAUGUAUAUAAAAAGGUAGCGGAUUUUAAAUUUAAGAUGUCUCAACUAAUGUUUAUUGUGGCUUCCGCCCAUUUGGUUUAUUGCCCCUUCACAAAAGUGGAAGAGAGCUUCAACAUUCAGGCUAUGCAUGAUAUUCUCUACUACAGAUUCAACAUAUCACAGUAUGACCAUCAUGAGUUUCCUGGGGUAGUGCCAAGAACCUUCCUUGGGCCAAUGUUUAUUUCAUUAUUAGCAGCACCUAUAGUUUGUAUAUUUGAAGCUUUACACAUCAAUAAGUUCUGGACACAAUAUUUAGUGAGAACAAUUUUGGCAGCAUGUGUCAUUGGAAGUUUCACUCUUCUCAGCAAAACAUUAGAGAAGCAAUUUGGAUCAAGAUGGUUGCAGUGGUUCAUUGCUGUUACUGUAACCCAAAGCCAUUUUAUGUUCUAUUUGAGCCGGCCUUUGCCAAAUAUCAUGGUGCUGCCUUUAGUUUUAUUAGCGUUAGAUGGAUGGUUGAGAAAUGACAACAAAAGCUUUAUUCUUUUUUCUGGAGCCUCAAUAAUUAUGUUUAGGGCAGAAUUAACACUAUUCCUUGGAAUACUGCUGCUAUGUGAUCUUUACUACAAAAGGAUAACUUUGAAACGAUUGUUUCAGAUUGCUGUACCUGGAGGGAUAGCUUUUUUAAUGCUUACUGUGAUUGUGGACUCGAUAUUCUGGAAUAGACCCUUAUGGCCCGAAGGCGAGGUUUUGUGGUAUAACACCAUUAUGAAUAAGAGUUCAAACUGGGGAACAUCUCCUUUCUUAUGGUACUUUUACUCAGCAAUACCUCGCGGUAUGGCAGCCUCACUGUUCCUAAUGCCUAUAGGAUGUCUUCUAGACGAGCGAGUGCGAAAAGUCGUGGUACCAGCCUUGAUAUUUGUGUUUCUCUACUCCUUUCUUCCACAUAAGGAGUUGAGGUUUAUCAUCUAUGUGUUUCCCUUUCUGAACGUUGCAGCGGCGACAGCAUGCCAUCGAAUCUGGGAAAACCGCAACAAAUCUCCAGUAUAUCAUUUUCUCUCUUUGGGCGUGGCUGGCCAUCUUGCAAUCAACGUCAUGUUUACAUUAUUCCUGCUUAGUAUCUCUGGUACCAACUAUCCAGGAGGAACGGCCAUAGCACGAGUACAUAGGUUAGCUAGAGAUGAGCCAAACGUCAAAUUGCACAUCUGCAAUUUAGCAGCUCAGACGGGUGUCACUAGGUUCACACAGUACAACAAUGAUUGGACCUAUAGCAAGAAGGAGAAAUUAUUACCAGGAGAUUACGAAUUGUACCAAUUUACACAUUUAAUCGCUGAAGCCAAAAGUAAAUUCUCCAGCGAUCUGAAACCAUACAUAGCAACACAUGAUAUUGUCGAUACUAUUGAGGCAUUUCAUCAAGUUUCGUUCAACUAUCUGUCUAUAUCUCCAGUCAAAAUAAGAACCAAGCCUGUUCUGUUCACAUUGAGAAGGAAACCAAAUUAUAAAGAGUUGCUUCAAAUCCAGGGUGAAGAAAGUGUAGAAGAAAAUCUUAAACGUGAUGAUGUGAAUUCAGGAUCUGAAGAAAAUGAUACAGUAAACACAUCAAUCCUUAAGAACGAGGAAUCUGCAGAAGAAUAUAAUAAUCUUUUCGAUAAAAGUUCGCAUGUCAUCAAAAGUAAGGAUCAGGAAAAUAAUAUUGAUGAGACAGAGUCAGGAGAGGAUGAAGAAAGUAGCGCUCACGCAGUGGAGGAUUCGGAAGAGCUUUUAAAUGGUAUUAAUAAAGGACCAUCCCGAGAUGACAAUAAGGUCGAAUCCAUGAUUGUGAAUCAUGAUGAUACUUUUAAGGCAACUACUCAAAAACCUAAAAUAAUAAGUGAACCUACAGAUACGGACCAAAACGUUGUUAAUAGAGAACAUACUAGGGAGAAAAUAAAAAAUGUUGAACCUAGCGACAUAACACGUGAAGAGGAGGAAACGAAGAUAACUGGGGAUAAAGAUGUUGAAACAAAUUUUCAGUCUCAAGAAAAACCGAGAUUACUAAAAUUACAGAAGAUAAACGAUAAAAAACAAAAUGAUAUCGAUCCGAUUCGAACAAUGGAUUUUGGCGCAAAACCUAAAAUUACUGAAAAUGAAAAAGAUGUGGAGAAUGUUCUCAAAGAGAAAAGUAGAUUUAUCAAAGUACAAAAGUUUAGCGAAGCGGCAAAACAAACAUUUGAGUCAUUAGAUAGUGGGGAGUAUGACGCAGCUGAUGCUGAAGAUCUGCCAAAAGUAGAGUCCCUUCCCGAGAAGAGUCGAUUCAUCAAACUCAAAAAGGUACACGAUAAAUGGGAUCUGGAAUUUGAUAAUGAUGGAGCAAAGGAUACUGAGGAACCUGUAUUUGAAACCAAGCCAGAGAAAAGUAAAUUCCUCAAGAUACAAAAAGUUGGCAGUGAUAGCAAAAAGUUUGUAUCUUCAUAUAAACCAGCAGCACCUGCAUUUAUGAAAGUUCAAGAGAAGACCAAAACUAAAGCAACUCUUGAUCAAAAGUCUGACGAAGAAAUAGAAACUGUGCCAAAGAUUCCAAAGAUGAUUUUAAAAAAACCAACAGAACCUCUAAAGGAAGAUUCGUCAAGAUACAUUAAACCAGCUGUCAGUAAAUUUAAAGUAGCGAGUAGUUCGAAAAUUGAAAAAACACAAGCGAAAUAUAUGACGAAGACGAAACUGUUAGUAAAACAACAAGGAGUUAGAGAAACUCAGGUUUGUGUUUAGUUGUUUAAUAAAGUUCAAUUUGUCGACAUAAUAUCCUGUGAAUAAACUCCAGGAAAUACAUUUAUUUCUAAAAUAGUUUGUAACUAAUUCAAAUAAAUAAACACGUAAAAAAUUAUAAGAAAUCAUUGAUCAAACCAACUGGCUUCUCUUAUUUUGGUCGAAUAACAAAUUAUUUAUAUGAAGAGUAGCAAAUCCUUGGAACAGUAAUAAACCUCAGAACUUUUGCGAUAUAAUAUUUGAAAAAGUGAAAAUGUGCCAUUUUCGACCGCCUUCAAUGUAUAUUCUGUGUAAGGAUUCAGAUGGCGGCCGCUGUUUUGCUAAAUCUCUUUGGCAACAUUAACAUCUUCGUUUUUCGAAUUGGUUGUCGGGGUCUAUAAAAUUGCAUAUGUUGCACUGUUUUAAAUAUUGAAUUGUUUAUGUCUCGAAAACUAUCUACUUUAAAAAAGUUUACAAGAAUCUUUUUUCUUCAGAAUGACACAAACACCGAAAAAAAAAAAAACGUCCGGAACAAAAAAAAGAAACAAUUUCUAGAUUAUGUUUAAAAAACUAUUUAAAACAUUUUGGCGCAAUUUUGGGCGUGGGAACAUGCAGAUUUGUUUAAAGGGGUCCUUUUGAAUAAGAUUAUGCAUUUUUCUAAUAGCGCAUUUUACCAUUGUGAUUUUGUUCCGAGAGGGCAAUAAUACAGCUUUUGAUGACUUCAUUACUUGCCGUCUGGAUUGGAUUAAAUCAGAUAUUUUGAAGUAUAGAGCUUUUUGGAGUUGUUUGCAGGUACCUACCAUAGGAAAGUUAGAAGACGAAUAUAUCAAUAAUAGGCAACAUGUUAAACAGAACAUAAGAAGGAUCAUACACAAAUAUAAGAAAAAGAGGAUGGAUGAAGAAUAUACCCCAGAUGAUAGUGUGCGUACCAAGAAACUUAUUAAAAAAAUUAUAGAAGAGGAAAGGUUACAACAACACAAGGAUGAAAUAAAUAGAAUUCAGGAACAGAUAAUGAACAUAAUAGACAGUAAUCCAAAAAUAACAAAUAAAAACUUCAUAAAGUCGAAAUUAGAGGAAACUGUGAUUAAGGAGUUAGUAAAUGCUAUUGACUUGAAAGUUGAAAGUGAAGCAACUAUGAAACAGUUCGACAUGAACGUCGAUCAUAGUAAAGGGACUACUAAAAGGUAUCUUCCAAAAAUAUCUGAAAAAUUCCAAGCUGAAGAUCGCUUGGAAGAUGAUUUGAGCCUCCUAAGCAGAAGUGAUGAAGAUUAUGAAACUGGCGAAAUUGGAGCUACAACUAUUGUAAUCGUUGACAAACCUACGACAGUGAAUGUAGGCGACAUGAUUGAGGAAGAAAAAAUAGCGUUCGUGAAAAAGUUCAAAAAAGCCAACGAGAAGUUGGAUAAUAUCAUGACAAUCAUUGAUGAGAUUGUGGAUACAAUAGAAGUCACUGAUGACUUCGACGAGGAUGAUCCGUUAUUGCACCGGGACACAGUCUGGCAGCAAGGGCCAUGCCUACAGCGUGCUUAUUAAGCAUUUUGGAUGGCUGCUGAGGUAAACAGCUGAUCAGCAAGUGACAUCUGUGUAAGUCUGUUGUGGGCAAUAAUGAAUCAGGUGUGAAAACUCAUUACCAUAUUCAGAACUGUUUAUACCAAACAAUGAUUUCUUUCAGACAUUUAAAUACUUUCAGUGACUGGGAAUUUUAAUAAAACGAAUAUACGAAGUACAUAUAGAAAAAUGAUUAUUAGAAAAUUAUUAUAGUACAUGUAGGUAAGUCAGUAGGACAGACUGCGAUGUCCUUUCCAGUAGCCGUAAUUUUACUUGCAAAAAAAUUUGUUUCUGGUAAAUUUUCCGUCUUCAGUGUAACCUAAUUCAAAUGCAGCUUCAGAAAUAUUAAUGAAUACAUCUCGUGUAAAACACCAGUGAUGUACCUAUCAGCUUCUACACAAAGUUUUCGUUUCCUCUGGAUUUUCGCAAUGUGCUUAAAAGUCAGUCUAUGCCUGUAUUGACUGCCUUGUCCCAGUUGUGUA